ACUCCAGGCAGUUAUCUUUACAGGCAGUUGUGUGAGUCAGUCCCUGCAGAAGGGAACAGAACAGCGGGGGUGCAACAAGAGGAGGCAGGAGUGGAGUUAUACUGAAACCUGAAACUUUCUAUUCAGAGAACAUUUAUCCACUGGACUCUUGGAGCGUUUCUACAUUUAUUUUUUUCUCUUGAAGCAGGUCUGUUCUGUUCUAUACUGAAAGCUCCAGUAAGUUGCAUUUUACUUUUAUCCUGUAGACUCUCCUCUGUUGUGAACAAUGAGGUCCAUUGAACCUUUGUGCCGUUGGAGAAUCAUCCCCCUGGCUUUGACCAUGGCAGUGGUGUCUACGAGCAGAGCCUCUGAGUAUGAAUACCUGAGCUGGAAAUCGGACUUGUACAAUGGUGGCCGCAGCUAUGGCAAGCCUCCUCAAUGUGUGGAUAUCCCAGAGGACCUGAGGCUGUGUCACAAUGUGGGCUACAACCAGAUGCUGCUGCCUAACCUACUGGAGCAUGAGACUAUGGCUGAGGUGAAGCAGCAGGCGGGCAGCUGGGUGCCCCUGGUGCAUAAGAGCUGCCAUCCGGGUACCCAGGUGUUCCUCUGCUCCCUGUUUGCCCCAGUGUGCCUGGAGCGUCCCAUAUACCCCUGCCGCUGGCUGUGUGAGGCUGUACGAGAUGGCUGCACCCCUAUCAUGGAGUCCUUCGGCUUCCCCUGGCCUGAGAUGCUCACCUGUGACAAGUUUCCCCAGGAUGACGUGUGCAUUGCCAUGACUGCACCCAACGCCACUGAAGCUACCAAGCCCACAGGUUAUUCCCCCAUAUGUCCCCCAUGUGACAAUGAAAUGAAAACAGACAUCAUUCUAGAGCACAUGUGUGCCAGCGAGUUUGCUAUCAGGACCAAGAUCAAGGAGGUGAGACGGGAAGGCAUGGACCGCAAGGUAAUUCUGCAGAAGAGGAAGAAGCCAUUGAAACUGGGAAACCUAAAGAAGAAUGACCUAAAAAAGCUGGUUCUGUACCUGAAGAAUGGAGCCGACUGCCCUUGCCAGCAGUUGGAUAACUUGGGCAACACUUACCUGAUCAUGGGGCGCAAGGUGGACACGCAGUUCCUCCUGACGGGCAUCCACAAGUGGGACAAGUCCAGCAAAGAGUUCAAAAAGGCCAUCAAGAAACUCAAGACCCACAAGUGUCCAGCUUUCGAGAAUGUCUUUAAAUAAUCAGACCCAACUUUUUUUAGAAGCAUCUCAUCAUCAUGAUACACAAGAACUUGCACAACCAACAAUCCACAUUUGGUUUUUGUUCAUAUAUCUAUAUAAACUGUAUAUCUUUCUAUAUUUACAGUCCUGCUUUACAUUUUUCCACCAUCCAUUUUGCAGUGGAGCAUUGUGAUCAUUGAUACCUCCUGCUAUAGUGGUUUCCAGUUAUCUGAAAAAGUUAAUGACACUGCACCCUCUUCCUCCUCUAUUGAAACCAUUUACACUUCGUGUAUGUAGAUACUUGUGUUACACACUCCCUGAAUGUGCAGUAAAAAUACAACAAUUCAGUGAGUUCUGCUGAAGUGGAUGGACUUGCUUCACUUGCUAUGAACAUGGAUAAGUAGAUCAUAGAAUCAUCAAUUAGAUCACAUUGAAUAGAUUAGACAGAAUCAAUAAUAACGUGUAUUUUAGCUUUAAAAGCCACAUCAUAGAGGAGGCAUGGAUAGGGUCAUUGAAUAACUUAUUGACCAUAUUAUGAUAGCGUGCCUUCACCUGAUUGUCUCAUCAAAAUAAUGACUGCACUACAGUUGAUAUUAAGAAUGUCGUCCUCUUUUCAGUUGCCUCAUUUCUUUGACAUUUUCUUUGACUUUAACAAAUAUGUAGAAAUGUCAAUCCAAUCAAUUCCAGUACAUCAACUGCAUCACCUGAGUGAAAAUACCUUUAGCCUAAUGGUACAGUAUAUGAAUUGUACUGUGUGCUAAACUCUGUAUGUUAUAAUGCAUGCAUUGUUCGGUGUUUCAAUUCUCUUGAGUGGCCACUCUAGUAUAGAAUAAUUCAAUAAAUCCCUUGUAUUUGUAUAUGAUGUCAGAUAAUAUUUGACCAAAAGUUUUCUUAUUGUUUUUUGUUAAUGCAGUCUUCAAUUGCUGUCCCUCCAGAUUGAUGUUUAUUAAGUUUGUGACAACUAUGAAAGUGCAUAUAGUUGCUUGACAAAUCUGUAUUUUUAAUUGUUUUGUUCAGUAUUGAUGGUACAUCUUAGCACUAUCACAUUAAAUUACAGAUUGUUUUAUGGCUGCAGUGCAUUGCUGCCCGUUAUGUACAUACACAUUUUACAUAAAUAUAGAAAACAAUGACAUGUUGUCUGGAAUGCUCUUUCCAUUUCAGAUUGUGUGACCUAAACCAUUUUUGUGGAGAUAUUACUCCCAGUACUGCUUGCUCUCAAGCAGUUAAAGCUGGAAUGAAGUAUCAAGUGUGGCUUGUAUUUCAAUGAUACCCACAGCUUAUACUCAUACAACACAGUAAUAAAAUGGGAAAGCACUGUAACGGCUGUUGGAAGGAGUGGAGGACCAAGGUGCAGCGUGGUACGUGUUCAUCCUUUAUUAUCUGAACUGAACACUGAUUAACAAAAAAAAACAACGAAGAGAAUGAAGAAGACCGAAAUAGUUCUGUCUGGUGCAGAAAGACACAAAACAGAAAACAACUACCCACACCACACAGGUGGGAAAAGGCUACCUAAGUAUGGUUCUCAAUCAGAGAUAACGAUAGACAGCUGCCUCUGAUUGAGAACCACACAACAUAGAAUGCCCACCCCAACUCACGCCCUGACCAAACCAAAAUAGAGACAUAAAAGGAUCUCUAAGGUCAGGGCGUGACAACCACAUACAUGGCACAGUACUAUACAGUUUAAUUUUUGGAAUAUCAGCUUCCUGCGUGUAAUGUCUAUAAUGAUUUUCAAACCUCCAAACUAUUUGCACAUGAUGAGAAUUCUUGGCUAUGCUUGUACAGCUUGAGAUUUUUUCAGUUCUAAGAUUUAAGCAUACAGUGGAUAUCACCCAUCUUGGAUUUCUUUCAUAUUGUUGCGUUACAAAGUGGGAUUGAAAUAGAUUUAAUUGUGAUUUAUUUUGUCAUUGAUCUACACAAAAUAAUCCAUAAUGUCAAAUUGAAAAGAAAAUAAAAAAAAAUGUACAAAACAAAUUAUAAAUAAAGUAUAGUCUUUGCAUAAAUAUUCACCCCCUUUGCUUAGGCAAGACUAAAUUAAUUCAGGACUACAGCAGUAGCCACGAAACCCCACUCAGACACACUCCAGGGAAAAACCACCCGCUAAACAUGAACUAAUGAAAACGAAACCCAAACUCACUGACAGUUUAACGAAAAAUAAUCCCGCACAAAACCCCAAAGGAAAUGUCGAGAUAAAUACCCCCCCUAAUUAACCAAAAUGAAACCAGGUGAAACACAAAACAGACAUAAUCAAAAGAAAAGGAAAAAGGAUCGGUGGCAGCUAGUAGACCGGCGACGACGACCGCCGAGCGCCGCCCGCACAGGGAGAGGAACAUUUGACUUAACAAAUCACAUAAUUUACAUGGACUCCCUCACUGUGUAAAAUAAUAGGGGUUGGCAUGAUUUUUGAAUGACUACCCCUUCCUCUGUCCCCCAUACAUACAGCAUAUAUAUAUAUAUAAGGUCCUUCAUUCAAUUAUUGCAUUUCAAGCAAAGAUUCAACUACAAAGACCAGGGAGCUUUUCGAAAGCCUCAAAAAAUGGCAGUGAUUGGUAGAUGGGCAACAAUAACAAAUCAGACAUUGAAUAUCUCUUUAGCAUGUUCAAGUUAAGAAUUAUGUUGUGGGUGAUGUAUUAAACCACCCAAACACAUCAAAGGUACAGUCAAUCUUCUGAACUGAGCUGCAGGACAGGAAUGAAACUGCUCAGGGAUGUCACCACGAGCCCAUUGGUGAUUUUAAAAUGGCUACAUAGUUCAAUGGUUGGGAGAGGAAUUGACAUUUCAGCAGGACAAUAACGUAUAACACAAGGCCAAAUCUACAUUGGUUGCUUACCAAGAAGACAGUGAACGUUCCGGUGAGUUGCAUUAAAUGUGCUUUAAAAUCUAUGGCAAUACUUGGAAAUUGCUGUCUUGCCAUGAUCCCCAACACCUUGACAGAAUUUUGAAAAACAAUAAAGGGCAAACAUUGCACAGUCCAGGUGUGCAAAACUCUUAGAGACUUACCUAAUAAGACAUGCAGCUGUAAUUGCUGCUAUAGGUGUUUCUAACAUGUAUUGACUCUAACAUGUAUUGGUGAAUUCUUAUCUAAUGAAGGUACUGUAUAUUAGCACUUUAUUUGUCAUUAAUCUUGUAAAAAAACAUCUUUCACUUUGACAUUACAGAGUGUUUUGUGUAGUGUUGACAAAUGAGAAUUAAAUACAUUUUCAUCCCACUUUGUAACACAAUAAAAUGUGAAGAAAUCCAAGUGGGGUGAAUACUUCUGAUAGGUACUGUGUAUGUAGAACAUAGUACAAUCUAGACCUUCCAAAGGGCUCUGCUCCGUGGCGACCUGAGGCUUGUGUGUUUGCCGUUUUGUUAAAGUAUUCACAGGGCCAUAAACAACAUUUCCCCACGGGAUGGUAAAGUCAUUAUCUCAUCUUAAAGAACUGACACGCUGACACAAAACUGAGCCCUCACACAUACUGUAUGCACCAUGUACGCAAUGGGUUAACAUACUGAGCUUUAGUUUUAAUGCUAAUGCUGACCUAAUUGUCAGGGAUUUGCAGUUUCCGUAUAAUUAGUUCCACUACAUGAGGAGGACCUCAGUUAUCGCUGGCAGCGAUGUAUGAAGAGACUUUUAGCAUUGACACUGCUCUUAAGAGUGGCCUAGCAGUCUAUCUUCAAAUAAGUGUGAAGCCUUAACGUUCAGUCAACUUUAAUAUGAUGUGAUGCACGUUAUGUGAUGCUGUAAAGACAGAAACAGGAGAUCCUAUGCCAGACAGAAUAACUUGUGGGAGUUCAAAGUCAGUCUUCAUCAUGGCAUGCAGGACUGUCUUGGCUGUCAAACAGAUUGGAGUUGUUCUUGGUGGAGCCAUUUUUACAUCUCCAUAUUUAUAGAAAGAAUUGAUCUAUCAUGCGUGCUGUUUUGAUUUAUUUUCAUGAGACCUUGUUUUUCAAAGUAUACAGAUUCUUGUCUCUUCCACUAACAUCCAGUGUGGUUUCACAGGCUGUUGGUUGCCUAGCAUGUUGUGUAUAUUAUACAAAAUCAAUUGAGAUAUACAUCAUUAACAACUCAUGUUGACAGUGAAAUGCUGAGGGAAUAAAGCAACACUGUCUAAUCAAUUGUCAAAAUGAAAUUAUUUGUUUGCAGAAGAUUGUGCAGAUUUGGCAUGUUUCCCGUGGUGCACAAGGUUUUAAAAUGGGCGAGAUCAUUCCACUCCACACUGGAACAAUAACAUAACGUCUUUACACAUACGCACUACACUGUCAAUAUAAAAACAAGAAAAUAAAAGUAUGGAAAUGCAUGCGCUCUAUUGUAAGUCGCUCUGGAUAAGGGCGUCUGCUAAAUGACUAAAAUGUCAAUGUUAUCGUCACGCUAAGACGUGACAUGGGUUAGAUGAGUCUUACAGAUACGUCCGCUGUGAAAUAAAUAAACGGCUGGGGAAGAAUGUAUUUUUCAUGGUAUGGAAUUGUUCCGUUUAGAAAGGUGCCCAGGCUGCACAUUUGGGAGACAAUCUGCCCUCCUCGCCACAUCUGUACCCUUAUGGUAAUUACUAUCUGUUGUUGUCAGGAUGCAUCUCCACGCCCUUACAUUAACUGGAGGAAACUGUCAAGUGUUAUUUAGACUUUUUUUGGCAGCAAAUGGGUCGUUGUAAACGAAGAGUGUUUUCUCUUUUCUUUACCAUGGCUGAGCCUGCAGGUUUUUAAAAGUAAGGCAGUUUGUUCUCUGUUCUUAAUCCACGUAAGGGCCUUCAAAGACAUCAAAACCAUUCCUCGAACUCCAGUAAAAAACAUUCUUUGUGUUUAAUGGUAUAGCUGUAUUCUCUUGUUUUAUGGAGCCCCAUCAGUAACCAACAACAUAAAAGGGUCAUUUUAGGUGUUUGGAGUAGGCACCCAUCCAUGAUAUAAGCAGCCGUAAAAUAAACUACAUGUCACGACUUCCGCCGAGGUUGGCUCUCCUGCCCGUUCAGGCUGUGCUCGGCGGUCGUCGUCACCGUCCUAUUAGCCACUACCGAUCCCUUUUUCGGUUAUCUGUUGGUUUUGUCUAUUGUUUUCACCUGUGUGUUAGUUAAUUAGUAUCUGUAUAUAAUGUAGGUUGUCCCGCCCUUGUUUUGUGCGGGAUUGUUUGUUUUUGUCAUUUCGUUUCGGCUGUCGGUGUUUUUGUGUUUUAUUUCUCCGUUUGUCUGUUAUUUCCUGUUUUGGAUAUUUUUCACCCUGUUUGUAUUUUGGGUUGUCCGUGUUUGUUGUUCACCGGAGAAUAAACCUAUAUUCAUUA